AUGGAUAGAGUGCAGAAACCACAUGUGGCGCUGUUGCCAUUUCCUGCAUUGGGUCACUACAUUCCUCUGUUGGAGCUGUCAAGGCUUGUUGCGUCCCAACAUCUGACAGUCAGCUAUGUCACCACGCCGGCAAACGUACCCCGUCUGCAAGACUUCGUUGACGAAGCUGUAAACUGCGGUAUCGAUCUUCGCCUGCUAGUCCUUCCUACGCCACACGUGGAAGGCCUGCCAGAGGGGUUAGAAAGCACCGACGAUUGUCCCCCGGAGUCACACGGCAGCAUAUUUGCGCUGGCCAACAAGCUCCAACAAUCCUUCGAUGCUUGGAUGGAACUGCAGUUUCAACAGCAGGGAGUGGCGGCGCCGCCAGUCUGUGUUGUGUUCGAUUCGUUCAUGGGGUGGGCGCGACAGAGCGCCGAAAAGUUUUCGAUUUCUUGCGUGGAGUUUAAUCCCUUUGGAGCGUUUGGAAACAGCGGAACGAAUUCAACCGCACGUUCUGUCAUGCAGAGGGUGUUGGAGAAAGAAGGGGAGGACUGUGUUGUGUUGAGCUUGGAUCUUCCUAAACCCCUCAGAUUUAAAAGGAAUGAGAUAGACCAAGAUUACUGGAAUGUAGAUGAGAUGAAUCCGAUCGCGAAGUUUAUUUUGCCCAUGUUACAGAUCGUGGGUAAAGGCGGGUCGGGAUUGAUACUGAAUACUUUCGAGGAGCUUGAGACCACGUAUCUGCAGCAUCUAAGAAAGCUGACUGGCAAACCAGUGUGGGCUGUAGGGCCCCUGCUUCUGACGAGUUAUUUCGGCGGAGCGUGUAAUAAGGUUAGCACGCGCGGGAAAAUGGCGGACAUCGCGGCAGACGAGCUUGUGCAGUGGCUGGACUCUCAGAGCGCCGGAUCGGUUGUGUACGUUUCGUUUGGGAGCGUGGUCAAGCUUUGUAAAGAACAAACAAAGGCCUUGGCGAGAGCGCUGGAAGGCAGCCAGCAGCCCUUCAUUUGGGCUAUCAGAGUUAGGGAAUCCGGGAGCUCAGGAAAUGCAGAGUAUCUUCCAGAGGGUUUUCUGGAGCGAACAAAGGGCCGAGGGGUGGUCAUAUGGGGCUGGGCACCGCAGCUCUUGAUUCUUUCGCAUCCUUCCGUAGGCGCCUUCAUGAGCCACUGCGGGUGGAACUCUGUGCUUGAGAGCUUAAGCCUUGGAGUACCCAUAGCCGGAUGGCCUAUGUUUGGGGAUCAGUUUUUCAGUAUGAGAGUUCUGGCGGAAAUGGGUGCGGGGAUUCAGUUGUGUGAACAUCUCGGUGGGGUUCCAGACGAAGAAAAGGUCGGGGUUGUUUUAAGGCAGGUGCUUAGUGGCGACAAGGGUAAAGAGAUGCGAACGGCUGCACAGAAGGCGAAGGAGAUGGCCAGAAAAGCUGUUGGAGAUGGAGGAUCUUCGAAAGUACAUGUCCAGGGCUUCGUAAGUGAAAUGCGGAGGCUGCUGAAGAUGAGACAAGAACAAUCAAGUUUGCCAUAA